UGGGCUCAGCAGCUCGUGGUCCUCACCACCGCCCUCGGGACAUCGCAGCCCAGCGGAGCCCAGCGGAGCCGAGCCCAGCGAGCCGCACCAGCCCGCGAUGGAGCGCCAGCAGCCGGACAGCAGGCCCCAGGAUUUGUCAGAGGCCCUGAAGGAAGCCACCAAGGAGGUACACACCCAGGCCGAGAAUGCUGAGUUCAUGAAGAACUUCCAGAAGGGCCAGGUGACCCGACAGGGCUUUAAGCUGGUGAUGGCCUCCCUGUAUCACAUCUACGUGGCCCUGGAGGAGGAGAUCGAGCGCAACAAGGACAACCCCGUCUACACCCCCCUCUACUUCCCGGAAGAGCUGCACCGCCGGGCUGCCCUGGAGCAGGACAUGGCCUUCUGGUACGGGCCGGACUGGGAGAAGGCCGUGCCCUACACGCAGGCCACCAGGCGCUACGUGCGGCGACUCCAUGAGGUGGGGAGCAAGGAGCCCGAGGUGCUGGUGGCCCACGCCUACACCCGCUACCUGGGCGACCUGUCCGGGGGCCAGGUCCUCAAGAAGAUCGCUCAGAAGGCCCUGGACCUGCCCAGCUCCGGCGAGGGCCUGGCCUUCUUCACCUUCCCCAACAUCGAGAGCGCUACCAAGUUCAAGCAGCUCUACCGCUCCCGCAUGAACGCUCUGGAGAUGACCCCCGAGGUCAGGCACAGGGUGAUCGAAGAGGCCAAGACCGCGUUCCUGCUCAACAUUCAACUCUUUGAAGAGUUGCAGGAGCUGCUGACUCGGGACAGCCAGGACCAGGGCGCUUUGCUAGCAUCAGGGCUUCGCCGGCGGCCCGGCAGCAGUGCGCCAGACUCCACUCCCACGGAGACCUCCAGAGGGAAAGCCCAGCUCAGCCUCCUCCCCCAGACGCCUCUGCUGCGAUGGGUCCUCACGCUCAGCUUUCUGGUGGCCACGGUCGCCGUGGGGCUCUAUGCUAUCUGAAUGCCGGGCCUGGUCCCUGCCAUGAACUCUGUCCAGCAGAAGGCGCUCUCUCUGGAGAGGGAGGCUGUCUUGGCUGACUUCCUUACCUCUGACCUGGGAGGCUGUCGG